AUGAAUUAUUUGGAUAACUGUAUUACAGAUUUGUUUCAUUUGGGUUUGAAAAAAGAUGAAAUUUUAUUGUUUCUUAUAAAACAUGGCUAUUACUUAAGUAGGUCUUCAUUAAAAAGACAUUUGAAACGCUUACACCUUUAUCGUCGAAAAAACUUUACCUCAAUUAACGAUGUAAUAAGUUUUUUGGAAUCACAACUUCUGGGAUCUGGAAGAUUGCACGGUUAUAAGUGGAUGCAUUUAAAGUGCCUGCACUCCGGAAUCAUCAUUACACAAGAAACGGUUCGUCUUUUACUAAACAUUAUCGAUCCCCACGGUGUAUCUUUAAGAAGGAAGAGAAAGUUAAAUAGUCGGCAAUACUUUAAUAAGGGGCCCAAUUUUCUGUGGCACAUGGACGGAUAUGAUAAACUAAAGCCGUACGGAAUAUGCAUCAGUGGAUGCAUAGACGGGUAUUCUCGAAAAGUGUUGUGGUUAAAAGCGUCUAGCACGAACAAUGAUCCAAAGGUAAUAGCAGGAUAUUAUAUAGAAAAUGUAAGAUAUCUGAAAGGUUUCCCUCGAACUGUAAGGGCUGACAUGGGCACAGAGAAUGGUUAUGUGGAAGAUAUCCAGAUUUACUUUCAUGAAACUGCAGCAGUUAAUCAAAUUACUGACGCUUACACAGUACCGCCCUUUAUUUAUGGAACCAGCCAAAAUAAUCAAAGGAUUGAGUCAUGGUGGUCCAUCUUGAGAAAACAUUGUGGUCAAUACUGGAUGAAUUUGUUUUCCCGGUUAAAAGAUGAUGGGCUAUUUACUGGAAACAUUGUAGAUAAAUCAAUAUUGCAAUUUUGUUUUAUGGAUAUUAUUCAAGAGGAAUUAAAUAACGUUGUCCUAGAAUGGAAUAUGCAUUUGAUUAGAAAAAAUCGACACAGCAACUGCCCCUCAGGACGUCCAGAUGUUAUCUUCAAUUUUCCACAGAUACAUAAUUCUAGAGACCACCUUAUAGUAGUAGAAGAAGAGCAUUUGCAGAUUUGUGAAGAAGAAUGUGUCUUUUUAGACUGCCCUUGUAGUAACAAUGACGUACACGAUUUGUGUAAAAUUGUUUUAGAUGAGCUUGGUAGUGACAAGCCUACUGAUCCAUUUUAUGCGCUAAACCUUUACAAAGAACUACGUGAUGAAAUUUUGACACUACUGUAGAUUAUUUACGUUUACAUUAAUAAAUAAAAA